AUGGCCCCAAAGAUCACUCCGCCCCGUGCUCUGGCAGCGGCAUCUCUCUGCCUGAUCGCAGGCUACUCGGCCUACCGCUACGGAUCUUCACGCCGCAACAAUUCCAAGGACACCCCGCCCGCCUCUGGGAAGAAGACAGUCGACAACUCGUUUGAGACCCUUUUUGCCGUACCGUUGUCAUGUGACGGCUGCAUCAAGGCGGUUUCAGAUUCGCUCUACAAGAUCGGCGGCAUCAACAAGGUUGAAGGCAACCUUGAGGAUCAAUCGAUAACCGUAGAAGGCACAGGCAAGUCGGCACCUUCAGCCAUUGUGGAAGCCAUUCAAUCUACCGGGAGGGACGCCAUCUUGCGAGGAUCAGGCGCCUCAGACAGCGCUGCCGUAAGCAUCCUUGAGAGUUUUGCAGACAUCGAGAAGAAAAACAAGGAUGAGGAGCCAAACCGUGAAGUGAGGGGGCUGGCAAGGAUGGUCCAGGUCGGCUCUGGACGCACGCUCGUGGACCUGACCAUUCGGGGAGUUGCUCCAGGAACAUACCGCGCCUCGAUUCGUGAGUACGGCGACUUGAAGGGUGGCGCACGAUCUACGGGACCCGUCUGGGCAGGAGGCGAGAAGGAAACCCGCGGUACCCUGGGCGUGGUUGAGGUGGGUAAGGACGGACGAGGCGCUGCGUUUGUCAACCAUCCCUUCCAAAUCUGGGAAGUCAUUGGACAUGCUAUGGUCCUGACACGACAAGAGGAGGGCACCGAGCCGCUGGCGAACGACGCAGACACCGUCGUGGGUGUCAUUGCGCGCAGUGCUGGUAUGUGGGAUAAUGACAAGACGGUGUGCUCAUGCACGGGUAAGACGCUCUGGGAUGAGCGUCGGGAUGAGGUCAAGAAGGGGAUGCUGUGA